AUGCACGAAGAAAGGAAUUCCGAACGAAAUGAUGACGCAAACGAUGCCGAGAUGAAUGGGUUGAUAGAAGAAAACGUUCCAGCGAAACAAAAUCUCGAACUCGAUGAUUUCGAGAAGCUCAAAAAGGAGAAUGCAGAAAAUGUGUCUAUUAUUAACACUCUUCGGAAACAAUUUCUGGAUGAUAGUCAUCAGUUCGAGGAGGAAAUUCAGUCUCAUCAGGACGAGAUUGAGCAGCUCAAGAGCCAGUUGGAGGGUGUUGAUUCGUUGAAACAAGAGCUGCGUGAGUGUAAAACAAAACUGCAGCAGCAAACCGACGAAAUGGAACGAAUUUUAAAGGAAAGUGAACAAUUGAAAGAAGAAAACGAGAUGAAUGUUCGAACAGUUCUGAAUAUGCAAAACAAGUUGAAAGAAGCGGAAGUCAAUAUUGAGAGGCUGACGUUGGAUAUUAUUGAGCUGGAAGCUCGAGACAUUAUCCGGCACCAUUCAAGAUCUUCAAACGCAGUUAAAGGAGUAAAGGAGCAAGAAGGUGUCAUCGCAGAGUUGAGAGAGAAGAUUGCUGUUCAAGAAGAACUUGCCGCGCAAGCGAAGGUCGAUUUCGAAAAAGUUAAAAGAGAGCGUGCAGAGUACUCUGUUCAAACAAUUUGUGAUCUUGAAAACGAGUUGAGAACGAAGGAUGAGGAACACGCAGCCUGCCACCGGGAGAUGACGAAUGGAAUGCGUCUUCAAGUGCUCUUGAUCGGCGAUUGCUCAGUUUUAAUGCGAUUCGCCGCAAGUCCCGGACAACAUCGGCAGAAUGUGACGACAAAGAAGCGGAUCGUAAGUUCACUGGGAAUUAACCGAUUUUUGAGAUUUUUCGUUAAAAAUUAG